UCCCUCUCUCUCUCUUCUCCUCCCUCGCUUUUGUUCUUGCCCUAAAUCAGCUGCGAAGUCGUCUUAUCCUCUUCGAUUCCUGAAGAAUCGUGUCGCUCUUCUCCUCCUCCUCGACGAUUAAGAAUCCGAUUUUGAUCGCGGCGGUCGAUCGUCGGCGGCUCCGAUUCGGCGGCGGCGGAGGCGGAAGAUCGGUUGCUCGGCGCAGCUUCGCGUUUUUCCGGCUCGAAUCGCGCUGCCGGGUGAGGUAGGCCCCUAACUUACGCCGGCGUGUUUGGGUUAGGGUUCGGUUCGGUUGGGGGUGUUUCGAAGAUGGACCCGAUGGAUAUAGUGGGGAAAUCGAAGGAGGAUGCGUCGCUCCCCAAAGCAACUAUGACAAAAAUUAUAAAGGAAAUGCUACCGCCCGAUGUUCGUGUUGCACGAGAUGCUCAAGAUCUAUUAAUCGAGUGUUGUGUAGAGUUCAUAAACCUGGUGUCAUCUGAAUCGAAUGAUGUUUGUAAUCGAGAGGAGAAAAGAACGAUUGCUCCUGAGCAUGUACUCAAGGCAUUAGAGGUUCUUGGGUUUGGGGAGUACAUUGAAGAGGUUUAUGCAGCUUAUGAACAACAUAAGCACGAGACGAUGCAGGAUUCUCUUAAAGGUGGUAAAUGGAGUAAUGGAGCCGAGAUGACUGAAGAAGCAUUGCUAGCAGAACAGCAAAGGAUGUUUGCCGAGGCACGUGCCAGGAUGAAUGGUGGGGCAGCCGUCCCCAAACAAGCAGAUGUAGACUCUAAUGUAGAGAGCUAAUUUUAGGACCUUGAUUUCCUUAAACCAUAGGCAAGCAUCUCUAACUCUUUUAUAUGUGCUUCUGAUCUCCUCUUAUUUUGUACAGAGCCAGUUGGGAGGUAGUCUGGCUUUUGUUGAUAUCAUUUACGCUCCGAGCUUGUAUUUUAUGUAUGGAUGUUUACCUAAUGUAAUUAGCGAGAGCUCUUAACAUGCUUAAAUCCUCUGUUUCCGGUCAGUGAUCGCUGUAGUUACUAUUCUAUACGUCCCUGUUCGUGCAAUGAAGUUAUUUUACUCUUCUUAAGAA